UGCGAAACAAGUUUCAAAUAUCUCAUUACUCACUGUAUAUAAAUGUCUAUACGCUUUCUUUCUUCACAGAAACAACAAGCGAAGCCAAAAGCAAUGAAGACUUCCAUGAGCAUCGUCGCCGUAGUCUUCUUUGUGACCUUCCUCGCUAUCUCUGCUGCUCCCUUAAACCCCCAAGAAGCUUGCAUACGAAGAAAUAUCAACAGGUCGCAACCACCAAGAUCUUCUUCACUCGAAACGGCCAAGACGUCAAUGUUUGAAUCUCUGAGGGACAAUUUGUGCAAAGACAUGGCUCGUGCCGUCAUGUUCUAUGUGAGGAUAACCGGAAAAUUUCCAUCUAACUAUGUUAAGGCUAUGUGUAAUGUGUUUGGAAAUGAUGAGAAGAAAGUGAAGGAGUAUGUUCUGGAGAAAUGGUUGGGAGGUUCGAAGCUCCUGUCUAAUGUAUCUUGUGCUUUUCAUUGAUAUGUUCCGUGAUUCACUUUGAAAACUUAAAACACUUCUUUACAUUUUUUCAUUGAUAUGUUCCGUGACACCCCCGCUUUAUUCAAUGUUUUCUUCUACUUUCAGACUCUAAAUUGUUCCCAAUAUUUAGAAAAUGUAAUACUAUCCCCAAAUUUGUGUACUUUCUAAUAUUUGUCUUCAU